AUGAAGAAUUUCCUCUGCGAUUUUCGCUUCCUUCUACUCCUCGCAGCUGCCGCCUUCAUCUAUAUCCAGAUUCGGCUUUUCGCGACGCAAUCACAGUAUGCUGAUCGCCUCGCCGAUGCGAUAGAGUCAGAGAAUCAGUGUACAUCUCAAUUGAGAUCACUAAUUGAUCAAAUAAGCUUGCAGCAAGGUCAAAUUGAGACUAUGAAAGAACAAAAGGAACAGCUAGAGCAAGAGUGUGGACAACUGAAGGCCCUUGUUCAAGAACUUGAAAGGAAAGAUGUUGAACGGUUGACUAACAAAGAACAGGCACCAGUGGCAGCAGUUGUAAUUAUGGCAUGCAAUCGUGCUGAUUAUCUGGAGAGGACCAUUAAGUCUAUUUUGAAAUACCAGAGUUCUGUUGCCACAAAGUUUCCUCUAUUUGUCUCCCAGGAUGGAUCUCAUCCGGGUGUCAAAGAUAAAGCUUUGAGCUAUGACCAGCUCACGUAUAUGCAGCAUUUGGAUUAUAAACCAGUUCAAACUGAAAGACCAGGGGAAUUGAUUGCAUACUACAAAAUUGCACGUCAUUACAAAUGGGCACUGGAUGGACUCUUCUACAAGCAUAAGUUCAACCGAGUAAUCAUACUUGAAGAUGAUAUGGAAAUUGCUCCUGAUUUUUUUGAUUACUUUGAGGCUGCUGCCGAUCUCCUUGAUAAGGAUAAGUCUAUCAUGGCUGUUUCCUCAUGGAAUGACAAUGGACAAAAGCAGUUUGUGUAUGAUCCAGAAGUACUUUAUAGAUCUGAUUUCUUUCCUGGGCUUGGGUGGAUGCUGUCUAGAUCUACAUGGGAUGAGCUAUCACCAAAGUGGCCAAAAGCUUACUGGGAUGACUGGUUGAGGUUACAAGAGAAUCACAAAGGUCGACAAUUUCUUCGUCCAGAAGUGUGCAGAACAUAUAACUUUGGGGAACAUGGUUCUAGUCUGGGGCAGUUUUACAAACAGUAUCUUGAGCCAAUCAAGCUGAAUGAUGUCCCUGUUGACUGGAAAUCAAUGGAUUUGAGCUACCUGAUGGAGGACAAGUAUAUAAAGCACUUUGCAGAGAUUGUGAAAAAGGCGAAACCUGUCCAUGGAGCUGAUCUUGUACUGAAGGCACGCAAUAUUGCUGUUGAUGUCCGUAUACCGUACAAUAACCAGCCAGACUUUGAACGCAUUGCAAAUGAAUUUGGAAUUUUUGAAGAGUGGAAGGAUGGAAUACCAAGGACAGCCUAUAAAGGAGUAGUUGUUUUCCGACACCAAAACCGACAGCGUAUAUUCCUUGUUGGUCCAGGUUCUCUCAAGCAGCUUGGAAUUGAUGAUUCUUGAUGCAAAGAUUGGAGAAAAUGUCUUCAACAUUGAGGUUUAUGCAACACAUGAUUCGAAGCACGAGGGCAACUCAUACAAAUAGAUGACUGAUAUUGAGUAAACUUAGAGGAGGAGCCGAGUAUAUUUUUUCUGAGAAACUUAAUCAAGAUAACAUGUCCAACAAGUAGUAGGCUUCACAUACAUGCCUUUUUCAAGGUUGGUAGUCUUCAUCUGUGUACAAUGUGUUAUCUUCGAAAGUUCUACGCCUGCUUGUUGAUCUUCACAAACAAGAAAGAAGAUGCUGUGAUUCUUGAUAAUUUUGUUUCGGAAGAAAACAUGUAAUCCUAGUCUUUGUAUAUGAUAUAGAUACAUCAAAAGCGUAC